ACGAGAAACUGAACAUCUGCAGGAAGAAGCCAGCGACGUGCCGGCACAGUGGCUCACAUUCUGCUUUAAGGAUAAUGGAAGAAGUGACGUCCCGAAAGAAGGUGGAUGCAAAGGCUGAUCAUCUGAGAGCUGACAGCAAAUCUUCAAAACUGGAGAAUGGAAAUGUGGAAGGCAAGAAGGUGCAUCUGGCCUGGAAUAACACAUAUUUACUCCUUCUCUUUCUUCUCCUGCCUGUUAUCAUAAGACUUUGUCAGGAUGGCUGCCUGCCUCCUGACUCACCCUGGAGUAUAUUGUCCUACGAGGCACUUUGGGACUGGGAUGCCCUCUAUCUUGUGUUGGCACACACGAUUCUCCAAGCAGUUCUUUACUACCUGCCUGCUGGGAAGGUGGUGGAAGGUAAAAUUGGGCACACAGGAAAAAGACUGAGAUAUAACAUAAAUGCUGUUCAUGCAUUCAUAACCACCACUGCCAUACUGGGAUUAUUAUAUCACAAUGGUCUGGUCAGAGUGUCGUUCAUCUUCCACAAGACUGGACCCAUCAUCUCAGCCACUAUUGUCGUCUCACUCAUCCUUAGCUACAUCUGGUAUCUGAAAUCAUUCUGGGCUUCAGAAAAAGAACUUGUAGACUACGGAGAAAAGGGUAAUUUUCUGCAGGACUUCUUUCUGGGUCGGGAAAUCGAUCCUCGAAUAGGUAAAAUAGACAUCAAGCAGUUCUGCAUGGUGCGAAUUGGCUUUAUUGGAUGGGGUUUGGUCAAUGUCUCUUUCUUGAUGACAGACAUCGAAAGGAAUGGCACACCGUCCCUGUCUCUGCUCCUCGUUGUGACCUUUCAGCUCCUGUAUGUUCUUGAUACCUGCAUUGAUGAGGAGUCCAUUCUGUUCACAAAGGAGUACACUGAAGAUGGGAUUGGCUUCACAAUGACACUCGGGGAGUUCCUGUGGAUUCCGUUCUUCUCCACACUGCAGGCUUACUACCUCCUUCACCGGCCUUUCCAGCUGUGCUACUGGGCAGUCCCUCCAAUCCUGCUGCUGUACUUGGCUGGCUUUGCGAUUUACUAUCUGUCUGGAGAACAAAAAGAUGGCUACAGGUUAAACCCCAAAGAUCCAGCCUAUUCACACCUUGAAACUAUCGAGACAGGUACUGGGAAAAACCUGCUUGUGUCUGGGUGGUUUGGAUGGCUGAGACACCCAAACUAUCUUGGGGAUAUUAUGAUGCACUUGGCCUGGAGUUUGCCCUGCGGAUUUUCUAGUUGGAUUCCUUAUUUUUCUUUUAUAAGUUGCCUAAACAUCCUGAGACAACGGGCUGAGGAGACUGAGAAAGAGUGCGCGGAAAAGUAUGGAUUGGCUUGGAAGGAAUAUUGCCGCCGUGUCAAAUACAAGUUAUUCCCUUAUGUAUACUAAAACCUGUGCUUGUUUGGAAUU